ACUCGGAGUUUGGUGAGGAAAUGUAGAUGAUUGUUGUAGGAAUUUAGGGUUAGGAUCUGUGUAAAUGUUCAUUUUUAGUGUUGAAUUUUGUUGUGAUUCGAGAAAUGUGGUACAAGGAUUAGUUUUCUGAGAUUGGUUUGAGGCGAAACAGCGCUAUGGGCAGUAGAACGGGAUUCCUUGUGAAGUAUGUUGUUAUCCUUGUUGAGUAAGCGUUCAUUGGACGUUGAUUCCAGGGAUGCCUAUGGAUUUACUGUGAGACCACAACACCUUCAAAGAUAUAAGGAGUACGCUAAUAUCUACAAGGAAGAGGAAGAAGAAAGAUCAGGAAAGUGGAAAAGGUUUCUUGACCAGCAAGCAGAGUCUGCUCAACCGUGCUCACCUGAGGAAGAAAGUAGCAACAGAUUGCAUGGUGAAGUUACAGAGCAGAGGGAAGAGCCUAGUCCACAGUUAAGUGGGGAAGGGGAUGAUUCAAGUGGAGGGAAGUCAGCUUGUGACGUUCAGACAGAAAAGGAACCUGAGAAGGAGGUACAGGAGUCAAAACAAACAAAAACCGAUAAGGUGCAAACAUGGGCUCAGAUUAGACUGUCACUUCAUUCCAUUGAAAAUAUGAUGAGUUUCCGUGUCAAGAAGAGAAAGAACAUGAAAGAAGAGCAUAUGACCACUGCUCAAAAUCAUCUUCCACCAAUUGAUGAGACGAUAACUUCAAGAGGGGAAUCUGAAGAAGACUUUGAGGAAGAAUUCUAUGAUAACGAGAUAGUAGAUGAUGAUACUAGGAAUGCUCCUGCAGAAGCAAUUGCUGCGAGUGAUGGGAUCUCUCCAGAACCUUUUUUCCCUUGGAAAGAAGAAUUGGAGUUCCUUGUUCAUGGGGGAAUACCAAGGGACCUCAGAGGAGAAGUAUGGCAAGCCUUUGUCGGUGUGAGGACACGACGGGUGGAGAGAUAUUAUGAGAAUUUGCUAGCUUCAGAAAGUGAUGCCAGUGAUACACAGGAGCAUGAUAAAUCAGGCAACGGCAACAGGGGCCCAAAUGGAGACACAGUUGGUGUACCUGAAAAAUUGAAAAAGCAGAUUGAGAAGGAUCUGCAUCGAACUUUCCCAGGUCAUCCUGCACUGGAUGAAAAUGGUAGGGAUUCCUUAAGGCGCCUACUUUUAGCAUAUGCUCGACAUAACCCCUCUGUUGGGUAUUGUCAGGCAAUGAACUUCUUUGCCGGCAUAUUGCUGCUGAUGAUGCCUGAAGAAAAUGCUUUUUGGACUUUUGUUGGUAUUAUUGACGACUACUUUGAUGGCUGCUACUCGGAGGAAAUGAUAGAAUCUCAGGUGGACCAGCUUGUUUUUGAGGAAUUGAUGCGCAAAAGGUUUCCAAAACUGGUCAAUCAUCUGGAUUACUUGGGAGUGCAGGUUACAUGGAUUUCUGCAUCUUGGUUCCUUUCCGUCUAUGUGAAUAUGCUUCCAUGGGAAAGUGUUCUUCGAAUUUGGGAUGUGCUUCUCUUCGAAGGAAAUCGUGUUAUGCUUUUUCGAACUGCGCUUGCUUUAAUGGAGUUGUAUGGUCCUGCUUUAGUUACAACUAAGGAUGCUGGGGAUGCCAUUACUUUAUUACAGUCCCUAGCUGGUUCUACUUUUGAUAGCAGCCAGCUUGUUUUGACUGCUUGCAUGGGUUUCUUGUCUGUAACUGAAGAUAGAUUGCAAGACUUAAGAGAAAAGCAUCGACCAGCUGUAAUAGAAGCUGUUGAGGAACUAUCAAAAGGGCAAGUUUCAAAGAAUUCCAAGGGCCUUGCAACGAAGCUAUAUAGUUUCAAGCAUGAUCCGGGAACACAAAAAAAGGAUGCAAAUGCAGAAGUGGAGUCAGGUGAUGGCGAUAUUUCUCAUUUGGAGUCUCGUUCUACUAAUCUGGAUGACUUUCUCAGUGGUAUAACCACUGAAACAGAAGUAGAUUCUGUUCCAGAUCUUCAAGAACAGGUAACUUGGUUGAAGGUUGAGUUGUGCAGUAUGCUGGAGGAUAAGAGAUCUGCUACAUUAAGAGCCGAGGAGCUGGAGACAGCACUAAUGGAGAUGGUCAAGCAAGAUAAUCGACGGCAAUUGAGUGCAAGGGUUGAGCAGUUGGAGCAAGAGGUUGCUGAGCUACGGCAAGCCCUUUCUGAUAAGAAAGAGCAGGAAAACGUGAUGCUUCAGGUCCUGAUGCGGGUUGAGCAAGAACAGAAGGUUACUGAAGAUGCUCGUGUCUUUGCUGAGCAAGAUGCAGCUGCUCAGAGAUAUGCUGUGCAAAUGCUUGAGGAAAAAUAUGAGAAGGCUAUGGCUUCGCUUGAUCAAAUGGAGAAGAGGGUUGUAAUGGCAGAAUCAAUGUUGGAGGCUACAAUCCAAUAUCAACAUGGCCAAGUUAAAGCACUAGCCUCCCCCGGGUCUGUGCGUCCAGAUUCUCCAACUGCAGUGCCCACUAGAAGGAUAGGUCUACUCUCAUUUGGAAUGGGCUGGCGUGACAGGAACAAGGCAAAAGCGACUGAUGCUGAGGAUCCCAAAAAAGCGACUAACGUUGAGGAUCCCAGUCAAAGCAAAUCUACCAGUGAGGAACUCUCUUCGAGCACUAAGCCAGUUGACACCAAUGGCCUCCAAGAGCAGGAAAAGUAACGGUAGUUGGCGGUGUUUUACUUAGAAAAUUGACCUUGCUGCUUCAAGUACUAGACUCCUUACACCUUGUACAUGUUCCAGUAAAUAGCCACGUAGUGUUCUUUUGUGCUUGUACCCUUGAAGUUUUGGGUAUGGGAGUAAUUUAAUUGUACAAACAUCGAUUUGAUGAGCCAUAGAGACCUUUUAUUCCCCUCUAUACUCUGUAAAACAUACAUCUAUUUAUUGUUUUUUUGUUCAUUAAUUUAUGUUAGUUAGAACUUUGUUUUACAUUUCAAGUCAAUAAGAUUCAUUGUUAUCAUUACUAGAU